GAGGAGGCAAAAGCGGUGGAGUUUUAAGAACUGUUGUGAAGAGUUUCAUUCAUGCUUUUUAAAAGUAUCCUGCUCGGGGGUUGACAACGCUGCAAUGAGUGAGGGAACGCACCUUCGCCGGAGAGGGGGGCCCUACAGGACGGAGCCGGCCACCGACCUGAGCCGCUGGAGGCUGACCAACGUGGAGGGCAGGCAAACCUGGCACUAUGUGGAGGAUCUGGACCCCCCAGCCAGGGACCAAACCAUGCUGGAAGCCCACUCUCUUGGACUGGACACAAUGAAGUUUGUCUCGGACUCCCCGGCUGCCCACACAGCUUUGGAGGCGGCCCUGAAGGGCAUGCACUUCUACAGCCACCUCCAGGCAGAGGACGGUCACUGGGCAGGGGACUACGGCGGACCUCUGUUCCUGCUACCGGGUCUCCUUAUCACAUGCCACGUGGCUAAGAUCCCUUUGCCAGAGCCCUGGAAGAAGGAAAUGGUGAGGUACCUGCGCUCUGUUCAGCUGCCCGAUGGAGGCUGGGGCCUACAUAUUGAAGAUAAGUCCACUGUGUUUGGCACAGCACUGAGCUACACUUCACUGAGGAUCCUUGGAGUGGAUCCCGAUGACCCAGACAUGCUGAAGGCCAGGAACAACCUUCACAGCAAAGGUGGUGCAGUUGGGAUUCCGUCCUGGGGUAAAUUCUGGUUGGCAAUAUUAAACGUCUACAGCUGGGAGGGGAUGAACACAUUACUACCAGAGAUGUGGUUGUUCCCCACCUGGAUGCCAGCCCACCCCUCUACCCUGUGGUGUCACUGUCGGCAGGUCUACCUCCCCAUGAGCUACUGCUAUGCCGUCAGACUGGCUGCUGAGGAAGACUCUCUGGUUCUCAGCCUCAGACAGGAGCUGUAUAUUCAGGACUACGCCACCAUCAACUGGCCUGCUCAGAGGAACAAUGUGGCCGAAUGUGACAUUUACACACCGCACAGCACCCUGCUCACUGUGGCCUACAUGAUACUGAAUAUGUACGAAGCCCACCACAGCUCUGCGCUCCGGGAAAAAGCCGUCGAAGAGCUGUACGAGCACAUCCAGGCUGAUGACCGCUUCACCAAGUGCAUCAGCAUCGGGCCAAUCUCCAAGACCAUCAACAUGCUGGUCCGAUGGUUUGUGGAUGGCCCCUCGUCCCCGGCCUUCCAGGAGCACGUGUCCAGGAUCCCCGACUACCUCUGGUUGGGAUUGGACGGAAUGAAAAUGCAGGGAACGAAUGGCUCUCAGCUCUGGGAUACUUGUUUUGCUGUCCAAGCUUUUCUUGAGGCAGGAGCCCAAAAUGAGCCCAGACUGACCGAGUGUCUUCACAAGGCCCGCCGCUUUCUCACCAUCACACAGAUACCUGAGAAUCCUCCUGAUUACCAGAAAUACUACAGACAGAUGAACAAGGGAGGCUUCCCCUUCAGUACCCGGGACUGCGGCUGGAUCGUGGCCGACUGCACGGCCGAGGGCCUGAAAACGCUGAUGCUGCUGCAGGAGCUGUGCCCCCCCGCCGGGGAGCCCAUAGCCUCGGAGCGUCUGUACGACGCCGUCAACGUGCUGCUAAGCAUGCGGAACCCCGACGGUGGAUUCGCCACCUACGAAACUAAGAGGGGAGGAAGACUCUUAGAGCUGCUCAACCCCUCUGAGGUGUUCGGUGACAUUAUGAUAGACUACACCUAUGUGGAGUGUACAUCAGCAGUGAUCCAGGCUCUGAGGCACUUCCAGAAAGCCCACCCUGACCAUCGCACCGAGGAAAUAAGGUCAACUCUAAGGAAUGGACUGGAGUACUGCAGGAGAGCUCAGAGGUCUGAUGGAUCCUGGGAGGGGUCCUGGGGGGUGUGUUUCACAUACGGAACCUGGUUCGGCCUCGAGGCUUUUUCUUGCAUGGGUCACGUCUACGAGAACGAAGACGCUUGCGAAGAGGUGCAGAUAGCUUGUGAGUUCCUGCUGGAGCGGCAGAUGCCCGACGGAGGGUGGGGGGAGGACUUUAAAUCGUGUGAGGAGCGGCGCUACAUCCAGAGCAACGCCGCCCAGAUCCACAACACCUGCUGGGCUUUGUUAGGACUCAUGGCCGUCAGGCACCCAAACAGGCAGGCCAUAGAAAGAGGCAUUCGGUUGUUGCUCGAUAAGCAGCUGCCCAACGGAGACUGGCCACAGGAAAACAUUGCGGGCGUGUUCAACAAGAGCUGCGCCAUCAGCUACACCUCCUACAGAAACCUCUUUCCUGUCUGGACCCUCGGACGCUUCUCCCGGCUCUACCCGGGCAGUCCACUGGCCGGGAAGAGAAGCGGAGCAGCCAGCCGAGCAGAAAACACCUCAGGAUGAGAGGACUCACAUUAAAUAGUACACUUCAUCACAUUAAAGAAGUUAUUUUAAGAUCUUUUUAGUGAUCUUAACAGAAUAUCUUUUUAUCUAGGUGAACUGUCAUUUAAAAGACCCCGUAAAGUCAUGAUUUGAGGCUCGCUUUUUAUUUCUUUAAUCUCAAGUGUACAGUUUAUAGAUCUAUAUGGAAUAUUUUCAGAAUUUAUCCCUAAAUUGUGCAUUUUAAAACUGUCAUGAUUACAAUCACAUUUCACAGAAAAUGUUUAAAGUUUUGCUGCUGGAUGAUAAAAUUCUAUCACAUCUGAAAGUGUUUGUGUCAAUUUUCUGUCAUUUGUGUUCUUAACGGUUUCUUUGGUGUAAUUAUUUUUUAA